AUGUUUGAGGAACCUGACAUGCUGGCAAAACGCCAAUGCAUCAGGAAUCCUGAGUAUCAGGCCGCCUUUCAGAUAUUUGACCGUGACCACAGCGGCACCAUCGAUUUACAGGAGCUGAACAAUGCGGUGCAAGCCGUGAAGAGGAGCGUUGAAUCUGGCACCCAGCAGUCUAUGUUUGAAAGACCCUUUCACGCAAAAACAAUACUAUGGCUGGCCGGCAAGUAUGCCCGUCAAGGCGGCGGGCAAAUCCGAUUGCAAGAGUUUUGCGAGAUGUUGCAGUACCUCGAGAGUGUCAAGAACAUCUUUACACAGAUUGAUACAGACAGGACUGGGGACAUCUCGGUGUCGGAGCUCAGCCGCGCCCUGAAGCUCUCUGGCUUCAACGUCACCGGACUGCCAGAUGGUGGUGGAGACGCACUCAGCCUUGCAGUAGCAGAAAGGAUCGGCCGGGCAUAUGACGCUGAUGGCAACGGUGUCUUGACCUUUGAUGAGUUUGUACAACUCCGAUUGGAAUGGGAUUCCUAUUUGGAUAGCUGGGCUGCACAUGUGCCGGCGGGUGCCAAUGCAAUCGCCCCACAGCAGCUGUUGACAAUUCUUGAGGCGAUCAAGCAGUCACUGGAGCCUCUGCACGACCUGGCUAUGAACCCACUCUGUGCAGGCCUUUCUGGCUUCAACGCGGGGCACUUCUUGGCGCCCAUGUUCUACAACUCCAUGUUCAAGGUGCCCCGGCCCUUCCUGCAUACCACCGCUGAGCUGCUGAUCCGGAAGUUCUCCGGAGGGGCCGUUUUGCUCACGUUUGAGCAGUUCUGCAUCCUCAUGGAGUUCUUGAAGGAGCAGAAGACAAAAUUUAGCGCCGUGGACCAGGAUAGAUCAGGUUCCAUCAGCCUGGAAGAGCUGGGGGUGGCGUUUGCUCAGAGCGGCCUACCACUGCCGAUUGAGCAGCUGCUCGUGGUGGCUCGACGGUAUGACCAGGAUCGGAGCGGCACUCUCGAAUUUGAUGAGUUUGUGCAGAUGAUGGCCGAAAUCACGAACAUCUGA